AGAGCGCUCAGGUACUACUACCAGCGCGGUAUCCUCGCGAAGGUAGACGGACAGCGGCUGGUCUACCAGUUCGUGGACGUGCCUAAGGAUAUUGUCGAGAUAGACUGCACUGCUGCCUGAACUGCUCCUUGACAACUUGACAACUCCUUGACACCUUGACAACGCCUUGACACCUUGACAACGCCUUGACACCUUGACAACGUCUUGACACCUUGACAACGUCUUGACACCUUGACAACGUCUUGACACCUUGACAACGUCUUGAUACCUUGACAAC